AUGAGCAUGGAACGAUCUAUGUCCGAGCACGGGGUCGUCAACCAUCACCAUCAAAUUCGUUCGACGCAAACGUUCGACGACGAUACCGCGAGAAAUAUGAGCAGAGUUGAGGCUGUUUCUUUCCAACGAGAAAGCGGUGAAAGAGAAGAAGAAGGAGAAGAAGACGAGGAAGAGCAGCAGCAGCAGCAGCAGCAACAACAGCGAGACGUGAUCGAGGUCCCGCGAGGUUAUCGACGACCGCGACGCGCGUUGAUGCGUCAAAUCCCCGUGAGUGACCGUCCGACGAGUAACGGAACGAGAGAACGCACGAGCAGAGGACGACGCGAACUCGAGUUUGCGAGAAGCGAGUAUUCGAACUUUGCAAAAGUAUCGAUGAAAGUUUUCGCGUGUGCGAUGUUGGCGGCGUUCGCUGGACUGUUAUAUAUCACUACGCACGAGUUCGGGCACGCAGCAGCGUGUGCGUUGACGAAAGGCCAUCGAGUGGUUAAGAUUUCGAUAUUGUCCGUGACGAUAUUUGAAAGGCCCAUAGCGAUUGACGAACCACCUCGGGAAGCAUCAGAUAAUGAUAACGACGAUGGCGACAAGAGCGGUGAAGAAGAAGAUGACGCCAUUAUUACACCAAUUGGAGACGAAUAUCGUUCGCGCGGUAUUCAAAGUACUACCGGCGUACAAGACGAGCAAAACAGAGCUCCAUCGAAGGUUGGGUAUACCACUUGCGCGACCAUACAAACGUAUACCACUGACAUAUUUUUAAUCGAUCGAAAAGAGGCAUGGAUUAAAGUUUCUGGGUACCUCUCUACGUUGGCAUUGCAAAUAAUAUGUGUCAACGUCGCGCUAUUUUUCAAUUCUAUCAUUGCGGCGUCCUUUAUGUAUCCCGAUACGUUCUUUUACGCCUGGAAACGAUACCCGAAUGAGGUGCAAGAGGGGUUUUCCGUUUUAAUGUUUAACAAAGUUUUGCGAGAACGUCUCGAGCUUCCACCAGGAGUAUCCUUCUCUAGCGAGGUUAGUGAUUUUUCGAACAAGUGGGACUCGAAGAAUACCGCGUUGUCGUAUAUGCUAACUGGUAUUGGCGUCACAUUGUUGUUUUGUCAAAUGGUCGUGUUCGCCGUGGUCAGCGAGAAAAAGUUUCAACGACGUCUUGACUUGGAAGAAGAAAGGGAUCGAUUGCCGCCAUUACGAAUACCGCGAACGAGAAGUGGUGUGUGA